CCAAGCACCAUCUUAGUUCAACUCUGCUAGUUUCCUCUCUACAUCCUCCCUCACUUAUACCCCAUACCUCCCUCCCAUACACAUACAUACAUACCCAUCAAAGAACAGAAAAUUAAAAGAAGAAAAGAUAUUCAAAAUGCCGCGCUUCGACCCCAACUUCACGGACAACGUCAUCAACAGCAUGGGUCCCAAAACGACCCCGCGCUUCCGCCAAUUGAUGACCGGUCUAAUCCGCCACGUCCACGACUUUGCGCGCGAAAACGAACUCACCGUGGACGAAUGGAUGGCUGGCGUGAAGCUCCUCAACUGGGCUGGUCAAAUGAGCGAUGAUAAGCGUAACGAGGGACAGCUUGUUUGUGAUGUUAUCGGACUUGAAUCCCUCGUAGACGAAAUCACAUAUACAUUGGCCAACGAAGCCCCCGACGCCCCCACCGCAACCGCCAUCCUCGGCCCAUUCUUCCGCGCCGACACCCCCUACCGGGACAACGGGGCGAACAUCGUCCUGACCCCGCCGCCCGAUGGCGAAAUGGCAUUCAUGCACGGGCAAGUCGUGGAUUUUGCGACCAAGGAGCCGCUCGUCGGGGCGACUGUUGAGGUGUGGCAGGCUAGCACGAAUGGGUUGUAUGAGCAGCAGGAUCCCAAGCAGGAGGAGUUUAAUCUCCGCGGGAAGUUCAAGACCGAUGAGCAGGGUCGGUAUAGCUUCUACUGCUUGAGGCCGACGCCGUAUCCGGUUCCUGAUGAUGGUCCCGCUGGAAAGCUGCUCGAGUUGAUGGAUAGACAUCCGUUUAGGCCGGCGCAUAUUCAUAUUAUUGCUACAUAUGACGGCUACAAGCCCCUCACGACGCAAAUCUUCGAUUCCAAGGAUAAAUACCUGACCAAUGACUCGGUGUUUGCGGUCAAGGAUUCGCUGAUUGUGGAUUUCGUGCCUCGCAAGGAUGAUCCUCAAGCUGGUCUUGAGUUGAACUAUGAUGUUAAGUUGGUGCGGGCGCCGGCGAACUGAUCUAUUUACUUUCAUACUCUAUAUUCGUUUAUCUAUAUAUUUUCGAUACGUGACAAAUUGUAUUGUAUGAGCGAUUGUCUAUUGACGUUUGGGUUGUGCAUUGUUCUAGACUUGUAGUGCAGAGUGAUUUGGUCAUGUG